AUGCCUAGUGAAGAGAGUUUUAUAGUGUUGGUGCAUUAUAGAGGGUCGAUUAAGAGAAAGACACGCUCCGGUGAGAAGUUUACUGAUAAAGAUCCUUUGAGUAUUUUUAUGAGAUCAACGACGAGAUUCGAUGACUUUUUGAAUUCUAUAAUACAGAAACUUGGGCUGCAAGGCGUGAAACAGGCUCAGAAGCUAUUCUAUCACAUUCUGAUCUCAGUGCUUAGAGAUGACGUGAAGUACGAUUCUUUCGUUAUAGGGAGUGACGAGGAUUUGCAAGUCCUGUUCCAUUGUUGUCGCCAGUUUCCCAAGGCCAGGACACCUGAGUUGUUGACAAAGUUGGUUGAUGUGGUAUCUAGCUCGGGAGGUUCGAAUCGGAAUACCCAAACUCUAGGCACCGUAGCCGGUUCUAGCUCGAGACCCGUUGGUGCAUGUUCGUCCGUGCCCGUGAAUGCACCUAGGGACGAGCCUGUCGCAUCCCCAUCGUUCGCCGUUGAUCUCAACUGCAAUGGUGGCGGAGAGUGUGGGACAUCGACUGGGAUCGGUGAUGCAUUGCUGGAUGAUAAUGGCGAUGAUGAUGUGGAGCCUGACCUCAUUGAUGAUGAUAGUGACGAUGACAUUGCAGCGAGUAACUCAGCUGGGGGCUGGUGGUGGUUCUAG